AUGGCAGUGAUGGUCGUUUUGGCAGCAGUGCUUCUCACUUAUGGAGUCUCUACAAGAAUUGCAAUGGCCGGUAAAUUUGGUGCUGUAGCUUGGGCUAAAGCUGGGGAAAACAGUGUGCUUCCACUGGACAUGGCUGAAAAUUCUGUUGACGACAGCUACAGUGGGUGCGAAGAUAUAAUGAAGCAGAAGGUAACACAAUACCUGCAGAAUGAGAAGAACAAAGACAAAAACUUCAAAGAGGUCUGGGACAGCUCAGAGAAAAUUUUCUACACAAAGUUUAAGAAAUGGUUUACUAAAGUACUGAAAAAAGAUCAGCUUGUAGCUAUUUAUUCUUACACCUCUGACAAAGUCUAUCGUGAUUUCAACAAUGCAGUUCGAACCCAGGGACCUCAGUACAAGACCACAUUCGGGUAUCACGCACUUCACUUUCUCCUGACUACUGCCAUUCAAGCUGAAAGAGCCUUUGAGAAAAAACAAUGUCUCACUGGCUACCGUAGAGUCAACGUGUACUUUCGCCAAGAUGUUGAAAACAAAUCGAUUCGCUUCGGCUCUUUCACUUCAGCCUCACAGGGUCGUUACGCCAGUGAAGCGUUCGGAGACAAAUCAUGCUUUGAGAUUUUCACCUGCAUGGGAGCAGAUAUCUCCCGCUAUUCUAAAUAUCCGGAAGAAAGAGAAGUGUUGAUUCCUCCAUAUGAGGUCUUUAAUGUCGUAGAGAUAAAGAAGAGGUCAACUAUGCAGCCAAACCUUCCAUGUGAGGUGGUCUAUAAAGUGAGGAGUACAGGCUAUGUUUCCAAGUUGAAUUGUGCUCUUUUUAUGAAGUAA